GCAAGUGCUUAUCGGCAGGUGGCCACCUCUACGGAACAGCUGAUUUGUAUUUUGUGUGUCUCUCAGUUCGGUGAUUCUGCAGAAGCCACACAGUAGAAGAUAACGAGAAAACCGCAAACGCAGCACGAUGCGCGAGCCCAAUCUGUACAUCAUUCUCUCCACCGCGCUAAUUGGCUCGGGUUUCUUCUUCCUGUAUAUGCAGCAUGUGCGCGUCAUCUUUGAGACGCGCACCAGCAUCCAGACACUCAAUCAGCUGGAGCGCGAGGCGCUACUGCGGCGCGAGGAUGCCCUCUACUAUACGUUCUACAAGAAGCUGGUCGAUGGCCCGGACUUCUGGCACGGCUACGAGCAGCUCAAGAACGUCACCGACAUUGAGUAUCCGAAUAGCGUGAAUGUGCUGCAACGGUUUUACGUCCUGCCGGAGCUGGUUGCGGCCUACUUCUUUCACCUGGUACGAUCCGGCUACAAUCCGAUACUCCAGCCGAUGCAGUUCUACUUUGAGUUCGUCUGGCUGAUGGGCGGCGUCACACUGCUGGUCCUCUACCUGUACGGCACGCUGCUCAGCGAGAAUGUCUUUGGGGGCAUAUACGGCGUCAUCUCGUACCUGAUGUUCCACAGCUUCGUCUCGAAGAUAUACGAGCGGCCGGUGGCGCGCGAGAACUUUGCCUUCCCAUUCAUAUUCCUGCAGAUGUUCUAUCUGUGCAUCUGCAUUGGGCGUGUCAUCCACAGGCAGAAGCAUAGCUCGCGUUUGUUCAUGAUAUUUGUCUUAUCGAUGUUCACCGCCUGCGCCCUGCUCUCCUGGCAGUUCUCCACCAUCAUUUUUGCCACACAGAUUAUGAUCGUGAUGACCUCGUGGAACAUGAACACCAUGCCCACGAAUGUGGCGAAUGCGUUCGCCUUGGACUACUCGCUGUCGCAUCUGCUGGGCAAUGCGAUCGCCUUUGUGCUGUCGCACGGGAACAGCCAGCUGCUGUUCACCUGGCAGCUGAGCGUGUCCACGAGCCUCUUUCUGAUCACGGUGGUGCGGCAGGUGCGGAGUCGGCGGCACGUCAACGAUCCGCUGCAGAGCGACUACUUCUCGUUCAAGUUCAUCCUGCUGGCGCUGGUCUUUGCGGGCAGCAUGCAGGAGAAGCUGGUGGAUGUGCUGCGCCGGACGGGAGUGCUGAGUGUGCAGGACAACAACUAUGUGCACUACUGCGACCUGUGGGCCCACUGGGCCUUCCAGGUGAACGUCAACUUCGUGACGAAUCUGUCGGCCUGCAAUCCGCUGUACGCCCGCGUUGCCUGGUCGGAGCUAUGGCAGCUGGUGAAGACGCUGAUCGUGAAGCCCUACUGCAUGUACGGGGUGGUCAUGCUGGCCAUGUUCUUUCGCAAGUGGCGCAAGAGCAAUGUGCCAACGACGGCCAGCCAGGAGCAGCGGGAACGGGCCCGCAACUACGUGCUGGAGGACUUCCUCGAGGAGCAUCACGUCUCGAUGACCGACAUGUCCAACAAGCAGACCGAGCAGCAGCUGCAGCAGUGCUUCAAGAUGCUCGAGAGCUGCGACCACGACUACGAGCGCUACAAGCGCAAGAAGGCCAAGCUGCAGCAGCAGCAGCCGCCCGCCCGCGACGAUUUCAUAAAGAACAUCAAGCGCCUGAAGGCCCAGAUCCAUCGCAACAGCGACAAGCAGCGCAAGGAGCGGCAGCAGCAUGCCACAAAGGAUACCAAAGAGGAGGAACCGCCACUGGAGCAAGAGCCGGACGAAGACCAGGAGCCAGAGCUUGCCAAUGCAGAAGAGGCGGCCGUCCACGAAGCUCACGAAGUGAUCAAUGAUGAUGAUGAAACGCAGCCGUCCAUGUCAGCCACCGAAGAGGAAGCCAUGCCGUCGCCCGCCGGCAACGGAAGCGGUCAGCGGCGCCAAAAGCCGGCGGCGGCGACGGCGACGUCGACGGCUUCCAUGCCAAAUGCAAAAACUGCGUCGCGCCGCAGCAGCAGCGUGGUGCCCACAGCCAACACGCAGAUCUUCAACAUGCACUACAUGUACAGCUUCCUGCAGAUGCUCGUCUUCACAAUACUCGGCCUGGCCGUGCGCAAACUGUUCUUCCUCAGCUUCACCCAGGGCUGUGUGAUAGCCCCCACCAUAUGCUCCAAGGUGUGGUAUCAUCGCCAGCGCAAUAUCUUCUGGUCCGUCUCGCUGGCCGUCUUCCUACUCAGCAUGUUCGAUCCGGGCAUGGUGAACAUACGCGAGGAGUACUUCCCAGCGAAAUAUGAGCACAGCGCUGACGAUCUGGAGAGCAUGCUCGAAUGGAUCAAACUGAACACGGAACGCGAUGCGGUCUUUGCCGGACCCGUCGAGAUUAUUGGCACCGUCCACUUGACCACCAGGCGGCCCAUUGUGAAUCAUGCCCAUCUUGAGAUGCGACAAAUGGCAGACCGCACAGAGCACGCGUAUUCGGUGUACAGCCGCCAGCAGUCGUCGGACAUCUACAAGCAGUGCGCCGAACUGAAGAUCCAGUACUUGAUCAUAUCACUAGACGAGUGCACCAACGAAGUGCGCGACGAUUGCGAUCUGUUGUCCAUUUGGGAUGACAAGCAGCCGGCGAAUCGCAAAUAUCCGCAGUUCUGUCACGAGCUGCUGCACAAGCAGGUGCCGAGCUUCCUGAAGGUGUACACCAACGACAACUAUGGCAUCAUUAAGAUGUUCUCGCAGAGUGUGCAGAUCAUACUGAAGCACGCAAAGAUGCCCGAGAUGGCCAUGUGAGGUCGGUCUCGCUUCGGCUGGGAGGACUGGACGGGUUGGGUUGGGGAGGGGGAGAAUCGACUGUGUUUUACAUAGAUUGUGACUAGGAACUAGCAUUUUAUUAUGUACGAUUAUCUAUUAUCUAUUAUGUAUUAUGUAUUUACGUUUACUUUUACGUUUAGUAUUUCUAUGGUUUGCAUCCAUUUGCAGCCUUCUGCCACAGCCCUCCAUCAGCACCAGAACCAGCACCAGUUCCACGCCCAGUCCCAGUUCCAGUCCC